UGGGGCCCUGACCAUCGCCUCCUCACCCGUCCACCCUGUCCCGUCUCACCCCGCGACCCCCCUGCUCGAGUGGAUGCAACUACGGCUCGUCGAUGCCCAAUCGUAUCCGCUCAUUAAUAUCCUAACUUUCCGGGGCGAGCGACCGCAACCAGCCUUCCCGCUAAUCCAAUCCUUUCCGACGUUGGCAUCGACCUCUACCGAGCGUCCUCACUGUCUCCCGGCAUGGCGACUGUUGUCGUGACCUCGGAGGCACCAGCACUCAACCUCCGAACCGAAUCGUCGAGGUCCUCCCUCUCCGCAUCCGCCGAGUCCUCUCUCUCAGCCUCCACCUCCACCUCCCUCGACACAUCGACCCGCACGUCCAUUCUCAGAACGUCUAGCUCCAGCUCAGUCGCGAGCACACUCGGAGGGAACAUAUCCUUCGCCCCGCUGCCGUCCAUCGAGCCCCGUCGUCGAAAGUCCAAUGUCGCCCUCGGAGUUGCCGCGCGCUCACGAAUGUUGGCUAUCCGCCGGCAACUGCGUGAGCAGGGCAUCAACCCCAACUUCGCUACACAGCUCCCGCUUCACUUCCCUGCAGACGGCUCGCCGCCCAUUCCCAUCUGGGAGCACGAUCCCGACGCGGAGCUGCGCGACGAGCCCGACGACGACCUCGGCACGGACCCCGCGGAGGAGGCGUUCGCCGCCAUCGGGAAGUUUGUCAAGGGCGCGACGCGGACACUCUUCCGACGAAAAUCUUCGAAGGACACCAACUCUGACAGCGCUCCGCCUCAGUCUUCUCUCUCCACGGAUGCACCCGAUAAGAGGGUGGCCAGGUCACGUUCCAUGGACCAUCUCUUCAGUUCACCUCCUGCGGACCCACACAAAGAUCGCGAGGAAGGCGGUGUAUGGGAGGAGGAGGUCGGAUCGAAUACGUGGGCACAGCUGCGGGCACGGACGCAGGACGGGGCGAGUGCAAGCGACACCGCGUACAAGCGGACGAGCACGGUGGAGGUUAUUGGGAAGAACAAAAAGACAGGUACGCUGACUGGGAAGAAAACAUCUACCACGGACACGAAGACGGAGGUGAAGACGGAGACGAAGGCCGAGACCACGACCGGAACCACGACCACCACGACCACAACCACGUCCACGGAGUGACUCACAUUCUCGUCGUCGUUAUUUCUUCUUGGGUUUCCUCUGCAUUCCUCUGCUCUCUUCCCGACAUCUCAGUUUGCGCUUUUUCUAGUAUAGCAUCAUACAAUAGCACCCAACUCGGUCUUCGUAAUUCAUUGGCAUACCCUUGGUUAUUUGUCGUUCCAUCACUCAUGGGAUCUAUUGCACCCCACAAACCCGAGUUUCUGGGCAUAUACGCUGUCUGUAUCCAUACAUGAAGGCCCAGAAGGUUCGGGCUUGUCAGGUCGAUGUGACCUGCACAACACCAAGACCAACACGCCUGGAAGCG